UUAAAUGCGCAGUGCCGUCAACCCGUUUGUCGUGCCACACUUUGCGACAUCGGGUGAUUUCCGGCAGUUUUAUCUCCGUCAGGAACGGCAUCAUCUGGCUUGUCGCAUUCUGUGGAUUCUGCUUAAAAGAAGACCAUCAGCCACCGCAUGAUGCAAAGAGCAGCAGCUAGCACGACAGACUACACGUCGUCCAACCGGGGGCUCCUGUAGCCCACCCAUGCCUGUGAUCCCCAUCCCUCGGCGGGUGCGCAGCUUUCAUGGCCCCCACACCACCUGCAUGCACUCGGCGUGCGGCCCGGCGCACACCACCAAGCUGGUGCGCAGCAAGUACAACAACUUUGAGCUUUACGUGCGCUCGCGCUGCAUCUACAGCUUCCUGCGCUUCCUGCUCUACUUUGGCUGCAGCCUGCUCACCUCUCUCCUGUGGGUGGCGCUGUCGGCGCUAUUCCUCGCGCAGUAUAUAGGCGUGCGCGUCCUCCUACGCCUGCAAUACAAGCUGUCCGUCAUCCUCUUCCUGCUUGGCCAUCGGCGCUUGGACUUUGCCGCCGUCAACGACCUGAUUAUUUACAGCAUGCAGAUCACCAUGUUCAUGGUGGGCGGGCUGGGAUGGUGCUUCAUGGUGUUUGUGGACAUGUAGCUGGGAUCAAGGUGAGGUAGCAAAAACUUGCAAGGGACCAGAAAUUUAACAAUGAGGUUCUUUUGGAAAUAGCUGUGAAUUUUCAGCAUCACAAAGCUCUGUGAUUUUCAUGUGUUGAGUGUUAAAAUGUACCAAUUUUGUCACUUUAACGUGUUUGUGGUUUCAUGUUUCGGGGAUUUUUAUAUAAGAGUUCCUUUGGGGUUUUUUGAAUUGUAUGGUAGGCUGCUCCAAUGCUACGGCCCGUAUGUAGGCAAUAGACUAAGUUGUCCACUCAUGCACCCAUUGAAUGUCAAGCAAUUUUAUGUGCAUUAAAAUUGUUCUACUACUGGAAUAAAAACUUCCAAGUGUCAGACAUUUGUGUAUUACAGCGGAUUGUGAGAAUUCAGAGCAUGAAAAUGUUUUGGUGAUGACCAAAGCUCUUACAGCGGUUUCGAAUCUGCCUAUUUCAAAUUCAAAUCUAUGCAAAUGAAGCUGGUGCGCUGUCAUUUGCCGCAGUACUGGUAGAACAUCACUAGGUGUCAGUGUCGGUCUUUCAACAGAGUAAGUUUUAUUUUGCGAGUUCACUUUCAUACGGAACUCUUGUUUACUCCGUACGACUGUUUAAAUGUGACUAAACAUUGCGUAAAAUGGAUGGCAACCAAAUUUAAGUAAUUAUAUCCUUUGUUGUGAAUAAAUUUUAUAACAUUGUGUAGUUAAAGAUAAUUAGAUGCCUACUGCAAUACGCAUGUAUGUAUGUGUAUGUGGAUAUAUUUUACAUGUAUCUGGUCACAUGCUUUGAAAACCAAAAGCUGUCUUUGUGCAGACGAUCGUAAGGCAUGUGGUUGAUGUGUCAUCAUGUGACACCAUGAGAGCAAUUAGCCAAAGGCACAGAAAGCAGUGCCACCUUAUGUCUUUAAAAUUAUCAUUUACAGGCAGUACAGUGCAGAAAUAAGAAAU